AUGGUUGGAACUGCCCGCCCCAACCUACAUUACUGCCCUCGCAGACACAGCCUGAUGAUCACCGGUGCCAUGGGAGCGGUGCGAGUCAACAGAUACAGCAUCGUUUCCACUGAUGAGGAUGCCCUAAAGAUCUCCAGCUUGGGCCUCCACAAUGGCCACAGCCCCCUAACUCAGCAGACACUGUCAGGGGCCUGCAUGCGAGGUGAGGAGGGAGAUGGAGGAGGAGAGUGUCCGGGAAGCGAUGUAGCACAGGGGACUCUGUCUCUGAGGAUGACAAAUGAGCCAGUUAUCCACAACAGCUGCCGCGCUUCACCUUCUUGUCGCUUGGACCUGGAACUGGGGACCGGCCGCCUGCGAAGUCGUUUUGUCAAGAAGAACGGCCAGUGCAAUGUUGUUUUCAAUAACAUGGAAGGUAAGCCGCGGCGAUACCUGGCGGAUAUUUUCACCACCUGUGUGGACAUACGCUGGCGCUACUUGCUGCUUAUCUUCACCACCACCUUCCUUCUUUCUUGGCUGUUGUUCGGUCUGAUCUUCUGGGGAGUAGCGCUCGCUCAUGGAGACUUUAGCUUGCGCCUCCCGGUGAAGGAUGGGGAAACUCAGAGUUCCGCAGAAGAAGGAAAUGAAGAAUGGCGGCCAUGUAUUCUCCACAUCCAGGGUUUCAUUGGGGCCUUCCUCUUUUCGAUAGAAACCCAGACCACCAUUGGAUAUGGUUUCCGGUGUGUGACUGAGGAGUGUCCAAUUGCUGUUUUGACUGUGGUGGUGCAGUCAAUUGUGGGAUGCAUUAUCGACUCCUUCAUGAUUGGCACCAUCAUGGCAAAGAUGGUGCGCCCCAAAAAGAGGGCACAGACCUUACUGUUUUCGCAUCAUGCUGUCAUCUCUAUGCGCGACGGGAAGCUAUGCCUCAUGUGGCGCCUGGGGAACAUGCGCAAGAGCCACAUCGUCGAGGCCCAUGUGCGUGCUCAGCUCAUAAAGCCGCACAUAACAGCUGAGGGCGAAUACCUCCCUUUGGAGCAAACAGACAUUGAUGUCGGCUAUGACGACGGCCUAGAUAGGCUGUUUCUGGUGUCACCGUUGGUGGUCGUACAUGAAAUCAACAAGAGCAGUCCUCUGUAUAACAUGAGUCGCAGUGACCUCCUGAAAGAGGACUUUGAGAUCGUGGUCAUCCUGGAGGGUAUGGUGGAGGCCACAGCCAUGACCACGCAGGCCCGUAGCUCAUAUUUGGCCAGAGAGAUUCUAUGGGGUCAUCGGUUUGAGCCUGUGGUGUUCGAGAAGGGUGACCGCUACCAUGUGGACUAUUCCCGCUUCCAUAAGACCUAUGAAGUGCCAUCCACGCCUCAGUGCAGUGCCAGGGAACUGAGCCAGGUGAAGGGUCGUUGUGGGCAUUCCUCAUCAUCAAGUUCAAGCUAUUCCAGGUCUCCAUCAUUGUUUGUCAAAAGGGCGACACGACACCUCCAGGGCUCUCACUCUCCCAGUGCUUUUUGCUACGAGAAUGAGGUUGCUCUGUGCUGCGGAGAUGAUGCCGAGGAUGAGAAUGUGAAAGAAGAGAUGGAGGGCCUGAACAUCAGAAGUGACAGGGAUGUAAAGAUAAGAGAUGAGCUUCAUUUGGAUUUCAAGGGAGCUUUUGUGAAGGAGCAGACGGUUGAGAUGUUGUGCGCUCUGGACACAGAAAAUCAGAUCAGCCUUGACAGACUACAACCCACUCUACCUUUAUACAUCAGCAGAGAGUCAGGAGUUUGA